GGCAGGGCCAGAAAACCGGCUUCCAGGCUAUUCUAGUAACUUCCACACUAAAUAUAAGAGACGGGGCGGAGCGCGGAGGAAAGACCGAGAGAGAGAGGAUAGACCGGGGCCGAAUAUCAGAGCAGCCGCCGAGACCGGAGAACAUCCCGCAGCCGCACAUAGAAUAUCACCCAGCAGAGGCGGCGGGAUGGCCAAGUGGGGAGAGGGGGAUCCGCGCUGGAUAGUGGAGCAGAGGGCGGACGCCACCAACGUGAACAACUGGCACUGGACAGAACGAGACGCCACGGCCUGGUCCACGGAUAAGCUGAAGGAGCUGUUCAUGGCGGUCAGUGUGCAGGGGGAGGAGGGGCGCUGCGAGGUGACGGAGGUCAGCAAGCUGGAUGGGGAGGCGUCAAUCAACAACCGCAAGGGCAAACUCAUCUUCUUCUAUGAGUGGGACGUGAAGCUGAACUGGACGGGACAUUCCACAUCGGGGGUGAAGUACAAAGGUCAUGUGGAGAUCCCGAACCUCUCAGACGAGAAUGACCCCAGUGAGGUUGAGGUGAGCACCGCGCCAUUUUCUGUCAUUGCUGUUAUAAAGGGUCUAUGGGGCGGCAGCCAACACUGUGUAGAGUGGUAG